AGGUACGUACUCGAUUGGAAAGGGAAUACUGUUCCAGCUCCCGUGUCAGAUGUAGUGAGGAUCGAUGUUUUCAGAAGCCUAUGGCAGCUGUCAAGAGUUGGAAACUAUACGGUAAUCCGAGAUCUAUCUCGGAGUUACACUCUUGCUUUAAGCCUUGACUUUUGGUUGAGCAAAAAAUUAUAUGGCUUCCUUCGAGAAGUCCAGAAAUAGCGUCAACGUUAGAUGGUAAAACCGUGUUUCUGAAUGGCUGAUCAAAACGACGAAGAAAGCGAGAAGUGGUGUGCUGUAUGCAGCGAUAGUGCUUCUGGUUAUCAUUACGGUGCGAACACUUGCGAGGGCUGCAAGAGUUUCUUUAAGAGGACGGUACAGAGAGACCUUUUGGACAAAUACGCGUGUGUUGCUGAAGAAAGCUGUCCCGUAGACAAGCAGUCUCGGGCCAAAUGUCAGUUCUGUCGACUUCAAAAAUGUUUUACAGUGGGGAUGGUCGCCGAAGGAGUGAGAAAAGAAAAAAAGCGUGGUGGACGAUCAUUCUAUCCGCUAAAGAAACAGAAAUGUGAUGAAACAACUGAGAAUAAUAUAAAUCAAGACACAAAUAUCAUAUAUUGCUCUGAACUCAUUGAAAAACUUAUGGAAAGCAGUCCUUGCAUUAUUCCUCCUGGAGAGUCAGUUGUAAAUCCAAAGGAGGCAGAUGGCACAGAAAGCAGAGAAGGAAUGCUCACCAGACUUUCCACUGCAAUCACAAAAGAACUAUACUUGAUUGUUGAAUGGGCCAAACUGGUACCAGGUUUUGAAAACCUCUGCCGCAAGGAUCAGAUUGCUUUGCUGACAGCUGGAGGAAUGGAACUGAUUGUAUUUCGAGUCAUUUACAGGUCUAUUCCUUACAAAGAUUAUGUGUACAUGAACUCAACCACUCUUCUUGAAAGAGAGGAUUGCUACAGUGUUUUGAACAAAGAAAUUGUUGACAUGAUUCUUGAUGUGGUGGAAAGACUUAGGCCCCUUGCCAUGGAUCAAGUUGAAUUUGCUUGUUUAAAGACUAUUCUCUUAGCUAACCCAGAAACAGCAGGACUUUCUGACAAGAUUGCAGUUGAAGCACUUCAAGGGUCAUUUCUUGCAGCUCUCAAAGAUCACAUGGAGUUAAAUUACCCUCAUCGUUCAGGACGCUUUGCUAAGCUUCUUCUCCGAUUACCGGCUCUUCGUGAUGUUUGCACCAAAGGCUAUCAGUAUUUCUUACUGGUACGGGCCAAGCUGGAGGGAGAAAUUCCAAUGUCAACAUUACUACAAGAAAUGUUUGAAUCGGCAAGGUUUUAAAGAAUAUACCUCUAACCUUCCUCAGCACAUAAUCACAUAGUUCAAAGACAUUAACAAGGAAGUUUCUUCAGAUGAAAUAUGGCUUCUUUUAGGAGUAGUUUGAGAGGAAAUACCUCCAAAAGUCAAUUUUGACUUAAAAGGAGUCUAUAGUAGUCAUACAUUGAAAUACAGACAUCUUCAUCCCGUGGAAUUGUACGGGUAUGUUGUGGCUUAAAUUUUUUUUCUUGUUUCCAAAAUGUUGGAAACCAGUUUGUCUUCUUAAAUUUUUUUUGUCUUGUAUUCAUUGUCAAACAGAAUAUUUGGAGUAUAGGUGGGAAACAUUGGUUUAAAAUUUUUCAGCAAAAGUGAGAAAUGUAUAGGGCAAAUUGUGUUUUUGACAAAAAAAACUUUUGAGAAAGUCAAGGCUGAAAACUUGUGAGCAAAUGUUAUUAAGUCAGAUUAUCAUAAUGAUUCUCUCAUUCUCAAUCAGAUUCUCCUACAGGCCUGUAAUUUUCAGAUUAUAUAAAGUUUACCAAUUCUGAGGGGGACAUUUCAGUUUAUUUUGUAAAUUUGUGUAUUUCCAAGUUUGUGCAGACCUCUCACAUGCAUAUGUGUAUUUUCCUGAUAAGAUCAGGUUAUAUCUGUCUUUAUAUCCACUUUAUAACCUACUACAAGCAGGUUAGGAGAAGAAAGAUAUUGUCAUUACUGGGAAAAAAGAAUGUUUAAUAUGGAUGUAAAAAUUUGAAUUAAUAGGCCCUAAUGAAUUCAAUCAAGAGAACUUUGUAGAUUACACAAAUAUCAAAUAAAUUGUAUUAUUUGUUUCAGAAUCGAAUGAAAGGUAGUGAAUAAAGGUGCCUUCAUGGGCUGCUAAGGGUUUUAUGGGGUGAAAAAUCCAUGCGUUAUCCUUAAUGUGUAGCAUUGUAUGACCGUUGUAUUACCAGUGAGAUUCGUUUUGUAGUCGGAGAGACUCGUUGUAAUUUCGGGAAAAAAGACCUUUCUAACGGAACAGUUAAUGAGAAACUGUAACCCAGAGGUAGGUUCAGAAGAGAGAAAUACUGCAGAACUAUUGUCGUACAACUCUCACUGGGGUAAGGAUCUAAAUCACUGAAAACAAGGACUAAAAAUUAUCGAAUUUAUUCACAUUAAACUAAAAAUUAUAUUCCUGUAAACCCAUUAUUUUUCUCAGCAUUCAUUGAAAAAGUUUGCACCCCGCAUGCUACAUUUGUGUAACAACAACUCUCCAUCAUCAGAGGAGCACCCCUCUGUGGAAGAACACACAAGCUCUCCAUCAUAAGAACAGCUUUAACCUAUGAAAGCAAGGUUUCACAAUGAGAAUCUCGAUUAAAACUUUAAAAAAAAUAAAUAAAAUUGGAUAAUGAAUUUACAUAAAACAAAGAAGUCAUUGUGGUGGUGUCCUACACGUCUACUAUGGUCUCGAAGUCCUCCAGUUCAACCCCAUCACAAAUGUACGUAGAUUGCAGUUUUCGAAGAGGGCUGGGGAGAAUGUUUGGGAAGUCUCGACACCCUGCACCACGUUGUUGGUUCUUCAACUGAAGCUUCACGGCCCGAGGAAGCGCAAUUAACACGGACGCUUUUUCUUGGCCUCACUGAUC